AUGUCAUUAAAGACCUUCGAAAAGAUUCGCGCCAUUAAACCUGACAUUCAUCAUCAUCAGAGCUCUGUCAAAUCCUCCUUUCAUGGAAAAUCCAAAAAUAAUUUAGAUGCCAAUGUAAAAUCAUGUGGAAUUUGUUCCGGUAACCAUUAUAUGCUACAUUGUCCACAAUACGCCAACAAAACCGUGCAGCAACGAAUCAUUCUCAUCAAAAAACACCAGUUAUGUUUUAAUUGUCUUGGCCUUCAUAAGCUAAAUCAAUGUCGAACAUCAAAACGAUGUCAGAAGUGUGCCGCCAAACAUCACACUUCGAUUCAUAAAGCCUCUCAAGGAUAUGCCCAUAAGACGUCCGCAACCGCUGAAUCUGCCAUCAUCAGCGUAGCUCAACCUAAAACUCUACAUUCUUCAAUCGAGAAACCAUUUAACGUCCCCAACGUCUUAUUAGCAACAGCAUAUGUCAAAAUUGUUGCUCCAAAUGGAGAAAGUUUAAAGGCAAGAGCGUUGAUAGAUCAAGGUUCUGAAAUAUCAUUAAUAACCGAAAGAAUAGCGCAACGACUAAAAUUACGACGUUCCAAUUCAAACAUCCCUCUCAUAGGCAUUGGAGCUCAAAGAUCUACGAAAACCAAAAGAUCUACAACAUUCACGAUCGCGCCUCAUUACGAUUCAAACUUCCAGUGCAUCGUUUCAGCUCACAUAUUACCAAAGCUCACAACGUCCAUUCCUUCCGUUGCGGUGAACCCGAAGUCCUGGUCACAUCUAAGUGGUUUGAAAUUAGCUGAUCCGAAAUUUAAUAGUCCCGGCUUAAUAGAUUCUACUGGGCGCAGAGAUAUAUAG